UAUUUAUUGAUGUGAACUAAUCAAUUGUUCUAAAUCCAAAGAACAAUCAUGAUGAACACCACACAGGUCUCCUUUUUCACCCUUGCUGGCUAUUUUGACACAGGACAUGUAACUAACUUGUGCUUCAUUGUUAUUCUUGCUUUAUAUAUUUUCAUUGUAGGUUCCAAUGUCCUGCUGAUUGUGGUUAUCUGUGUGAACAGAAGCUUACAUGAACCUAUGUACAUGUUUCUGUGCAGCCUGUUUGUGAAUGAGCUGUAUGGUAGUACAGGGCUGUUUCCGUUCCUCCUGCUUCAGAUCCUCUCUGAUGUUCACACUGUUUCUGCUCCUCUGUGCUUCCUGCAGAUUUUCUGUGUACAUUCAUAUGGGGCUGUAGAAUAUUUAAAUUUAGCCAUCAUGUCUUACGACAGGUACCUUGCUAUCUGCUGUCCUCUGCAAUACAACACACAUAUGACAUCAAAAAAAAUCGGCAUACUUAUAGCUGUAACGUGGUUCUAUCCUUGUUUUGCAAUGGUUGUCUUGCUAUCUUUAACUUCACCUUUGCAGUUCUGUGGAAACACAAUUUACAAAGUAUACUGUGACACACACUCUGUUGUGAAGUUGGCAUGCUCAGACACCACUGUGAUCAACUUGUAUGGCCUCCUUGCUACUUUUAGCACAAUCUUUGGUGCUUUGCUUUUCAUUCUUUACACCUACAUGAAGAUUCUGCUGGUUUGUUUUUCUGGUUCUGAUCAGACGAGACAGAAAGCUGUCAGUACCUGCACGCCUCACCUGGCUUCCAUAUUGAACUUUUCCUUUGGAGCGAGCUUUGAAAUUUUACAGAGCAGAUUUAAUAUGAAAAAUGUGCCAAACAUGCUGCGCAUAUUUUUAUCAUUAUAUUUUCUUACAUGCCAGCCGCUCUUCAAUCCUGUGAUGUACGGCCUGAAAAUGACCAAAAUCCGCAACAUCUGGAAAAGUCUGAUAACAAACACACACCUCUGA